AUGUUUAGGUCAAAAUAUGUUGGUUCAUAUGGAUCCUUUUCUCGCGAAUGGGAACCUCCACCACAACCUCCGCCACGACCUCCACCGUUGCCACCGCGUAUACCACAAGAAUAUGACCCAUAUAUUGGUCCAGGAAAAUGGAAUAGAGGUCGUAUUAAAUCGUUUAGUGUGACCGAACACUUUGGCAGUAUUGUAGCAGAUUUUCGUAAUUUGGAAGUUUUUUUCCACCAAUCUAACGUAUACGGAAUUUCUGCGGAGCAGUUAUAUCCAGACUUACCAGUUUGGUUUCAGAUACGUCCAGGUGUAAGAGGAUUAGAAGGAUAUAAUAUUCAACCAGCAAUUGAAAUGAGAGAAUUUCCUUCAACAUCACGAAUUCCAUGGUCAGAACCAGCAGUUCGUCAACCCUUAUUUCCUCUUAGUUCAGAGCCACUUAGAAUGAGAAGGUUACCUGAAAGACGUAGAACAAGACGAUUUCGCUGUUAUAAUUGUGGACAAUACGCUUCACAUAAAGCUGCCACAUGUCCGUUCGAACCUAUGCGACGACGUUGUUAUCGAUGUCGUGAUCCAAAUCAUUUAAUAGCUCAAUGUCCAUUAUUACAUUCACUUACACCGCAUUGUUAUUUAGUACCUGGACCGUCAACUUCGCAGGUACCCCCACGAUUUUCAGAAGCACGUUUACGCGUACCACAACUGACCUUAACGACAGCACAGCAACAGUUACCCCAACAAACCCAACAGCCAUUUAUGCAAUAUUUUUUCCCACCAGGGUUUGGUGAUGAUGAUGACGAUGAAUACGAUGAUUUUAGGGAUCAAUAUCAAACAAUAAAACUAGAAUGA